AUGAUAUCAUCCAUUGUGGCCGUGCGACGGCGACGCCCACUCGCCACAACAACGCCCAGCAGCGCGCACAUCAGUGCGAUCCUCAUGACCAAGCUCCGAAUCUGCAUUGCUCAGAUCGCGCGACGCCAAAACAGUCACUGCCAGAAUGAGAGCAAACAGCAAAAAGACAAGACAAGAAAGAAACCUCUCUUAUUUGUAUUUAUUAUUGGUGGGUCUCUCAACCAAACCAAUUCAUCAAUCUCUCUCUCUCUCUCUCUCUCUCUCUCUCUCUCUCUCUCUCUCUCUCUCUCUCUCUCUCUCUCUCUCUCUCUCUCUCUCUCUCUCUCUCUCUCUCUCUCUCUCUCUCUCUCUCUCUCUCUCUCUCUCUCUCUCUCUCUCUCUCUCUCUCUCUCUCUCUCUCUCUCUCUCUCUCUCUCUCUCUCUCUCUCUCUCUCUCUCUCUCUCUUGUUGUCUUUAAAACAGUGCCUUUUGCAAAGUCAGCGUUUCAGCAUGUCGACACCCGAAGAUUCAGACGAUGUGGCACCCUUCCCAAAGGUCCGUGCCCUCCACGACUACACUGCCCAGACUGACAAGGAGCUCUCUUUCAAGAAGGGCGACAUUCUCACUGUACAUGACAUCGCCAAUGAUGACUGGUGGGAAGGUGCGGACCGACAUGGCAAAGAAGGAUGGAUUGCAGCUGCGUACGUGGAGCAUGCACCUACGUGGAUGUCCCCGGCUGAGGAACUGGAACCACUGAGUGAUCAAGCAAGCAACUACUCGACCGAAUCGGAGAAGCCCCAGAGCAACGGUGGCACCCCUCGCCAACGGCGCAGAUCAGUGGGCUUUGGAGGCAUGGAAUCCUACGAGACCCCGCUGCAAGAUAGGCCCAAUCUGGCCAAAAAAGGAACUUCGACGCACCGAAACAAGCCUCCAGAGAGCGAGUUGGCUGCCAAGCUGCGGCUACGAUCCCAAGCAGUUGAUGAUGUGGGUCACAGCGCUCAUGGCUUCCGACUCAGCGCACGCAUCGUUCCGCCUUCGGAACUGGAGCAGCGCUUCUCCCGCCUCAAAACAAGCGGCACCGACAACUAG